CUCCUUUUAAGGGAGCUCAUCACCCAAGAACUCCAAAGUUAAGCGUGCUUGCACGGGAGUAGUCUUGGGAUGGGUGACCCCCUGGGAAGUUUCUCAGGGCGCGCAUGAGUGAGGACAAAGUGCGCGGUAAAGGCUCGUGGUGGUUUGUGGGGACAGUACUAGAGGUCUAGAGUAACUACCUCGGGGCCUACGGGGCCGGGGUGUUACAAAGGGAAUAAAAGCAUGACGUCCCGAUUCAUCGGAUCGUCAUGAGGGGGAGAGUGGUCCACAUGCUGUUAACACUGAACAAAUCAUUCUGGGACACUUCACUCCUCCAUCACAAAAUUCAACACCCUCUCUACUAUCUCCGCAACUCAAAUCAAAUGGUCAGCUACACUCACAAAUCCACAAUCAUUAUGUUCCGCUGUGCCACCGACAAGUUCUCCUCAAAUGCAUUCAUUCCAAAUAGUCAAAAAGACUACAUUGUGGAGGAGACAGAGGUCAAAUACUCGUGUCCUGAAGAUGAAUUCCAUGGGCGUCUCCUAUUCUCCAAAGAAUAUUCAUUCUAGAGGCGUCACCGGACUUCAUCCAAGCUGAUCAAGAGCAACUUCUGGAAGGCAAGGACUACAUGCAAGAUACAGAAGGUCCCUCAACCCCCGGCAUCAAAGAUCAAAUUGUCAAGAAAACAUCAAAGGGGAGAUUGCAAGGAUUUCUUCAGAUAGCCUUCCUCAGAAGUCAAGUUCAAAGACAAAGGAAGCUCAAUAACAACAAAGACAAAGAUAUCUGCGCUGCAAUGCUGAUUCAACACGAUUGAUCACCAAGGGGGAGAUUGUUGGGAAUAUUUUAUGGUGUUCAAUCUAGUUAGUUAUCUUUGUAUUUGUGUAGUUAUUAAUUAAAUGUGUAAUACGGGCCACAAAUGUGUAUCAGCCCGUGGCCUUCCUUGUAACCCGUAAGUUAGCUAUCUUCUCCUAUAAAAGGAGGCUAACUUACGGGAACCCAAACUGAUCGAUAGAGG